AGGUUUCUCCAGGUCGUUAUAGGCAAGAUGGCACUCUUGCCGUAAGAUCGUUGCUACUAAAAGCACAGCGAAAGUUUGUCUCUUUGGGAAAAACGCUGAAACGCAGUAUGCCUCUGGGGACUGUGUUAAAGUUUCCGCAGUGUAUCCCAAACUGUAUUUCGACAAAAUGCAGCUUACAACAAGUCCUGCAUCAACGUGCGAGAUGAUUGGAGACUCUGCAGAUAUCGCAAUAAUUGAAGAGGACAAAAAAGCAGCGAAAGAUGACCCAGAUUUCGAAGAAGACCUGCCGGAAAAUGGGAAGAAGAAAACCAUCAUCCUCACGGAUUUCACUGACGCUGAUGUAUACAAGUGCUGUGAAAUGCCACCCUGUCGAAGAAAGAAGUUGAAAAAUGGUACAUGUCCCAUUUGCUCCAGAGAAGAAAGUGAAAACAAUGUGACCAAGAGAAAUUGCGUAAGUCGGUUUCCGUUUUACAAAUUUAUUAAAACUCCUAAAACUUAA